CCCCGAUGAUUGCCAUAGGUAAGAAAGUAGAAACGUAAGAGACUCUAGAAGGGAAAAAACGAGGGUUCGUCAAAUUCACGUCUAUCUGAAUUGUUCAGCCUCUGCGAAAAUCAAAUAGCUUCACAGAGAGAUAUAGAAUAGAAAGUUCCAGCAAUUCAGGAUGGGUGAGAGCAGCAGUAGCAUAGAGGAUGAUUUGCUUCUCAAAAAUUUCUUCGCUGAAGUUAGCGAAGUUGAGAGGGAUAACGAAGUUCUCAGGAUUCUUGGAUGCUUCAAGUUAAACGCAUUUGAGUUUCUUAAUCUACCUUUUGAUUCAUCACCAGAUGAAGUGAAGAGACAGUACAGAAAGUUGUCCUUGCUGGUUCAUCCUGAUAAGUGUAAGCAUCCACAAGCGAAGGAAGCGUUUUCAGCAUUGGCAAAAGCACAGCAAUUAUUACUUGAUCCAGAAGAAAGGGAAUAUCUUCUUAGUCAAAUUAAUUCAGCAAAAGAAGAACUCAGGGUAAAGAGGAAGAAACAGCUGAAGAAAGACAAUGCUUCUAAGAUCAAGUCACAGGUCGAUGAGGGAAAAUAUGAGCACCAAUUUGAGCAAUCCGAUGAGUUCCAGCAGCAGUUGAAGCUGAAGGUACGGGAAUUAUUAACAGAGCAAGAAUGGCGUCGGAGGAAAAUGCAAAUGAGGAUAUCUGAAGAAGAAGGAAGAUUGAAAAAGGAUGAGGAAGAAACAAAAGAGAUGUGGAAAAGGAAGCGUGAGCAUGAAGAACAGUGGGAAGGGACUAGAGAGAAAAGGGUUUCCAGCUGGAGAGAUUUCAUGAAAACGGGAAAGAAGGCUAAGAAAGGGGAAACUAAACCGCCGAAACUGAAAACCGAAGACCCCAACAAAUCUUAUGUUCAAAGACCUGUGAAGCGCGGCUGAAGUUAAGAUGUUCUGUUGUUUGGCUGGCUCUAACAUUGCCUCUGCGGCCUACCAAAAUGUGGCUUCGGGAUCCCACAUUUCGAGGUCCUAAACAUUUCUUUUAGUCAAAUGUCAUUUGUUUACACAUGUCAACGGAGAGGGUCUCAGAAUUGAACUUCGGACGGCUCCUCUCUUACUAUGUAGAUUUAAAAGAUGUGGCAGAGAUUCAAGGUUUCAAACUAAUAUAUAACUUUAACAAAUUAUAAUUUUUUGUAAGGAUUGUUAUCCAUAAAGCUUCUCCUUAUAAUCAGUUAUUGGGUCAUCUCA